AGGACAGUGUGGGGGGCAGAGGGCAGGAUCAGGGACACCAGAGUAUAAAUCCUCCAAGGGUCAGAGUCAUGCACCACACACACUCACAAGGACCAGAAGAUGUUCAAGAUGUCACCACAAGGAUGCUCAGUCAUCUUGGUAUUGCUACUGACCAAAUCAGUUUUCUGUUCUAAGCUAGGACUGGAGAUCAUCCCGGCCAAUGGAGAGAUUUUUCUUGGAGAAGGAAAGGACUUUCUAUGUAAAUCCAGCGUUGAGGCCACAAUAAAAUGGAUGACUUCGGACGACGAAGAAAUUGAGGAUGAGGAAGGUCGUUACAAGCAAAAAAACAUUGACGAAAGUGUGAAGAGCCUGUAUGUGACCGCGUCCAAGUUCGAGCCUGAGCGCGUGAUCCAGUGCCACGCCGAGUCCGAGUCUGGAGAGACUUCAACUGCACAGAUCAAACUGAGGAUUAUCCAAAAACCUAAAUUUGUGAAGGACGUGGCGACACGGAAAGAAUUCACUGCAGACUCCAUGGUUAGGCUGCCCUGUGACGUGGAGGGUAUCCCACCCCCCCAGGUCACUUGGUACAGAUACGGAAUUGCCAUCACUCCCCUCCCAGGUCACCUCUCUGCCAGUGCUGAUGGCACUCUGACCAUAGAGAAGAUCCAGCUUUCCGAUGCUGGGAUGUACUACUGCAUGGCGUACAUCAGAGAAAGGAACGAGAUGGCCUACAAGAAUGUGUCUGUCACUGUCAAUGCUGCCCCGAUCGUUCGCUUCAACAACACAAACCCCAACAUCACCUCCAAAUCCAACACGUCCUUCACCUGCUUUGUGACUGGACACCCCGAACCUCAGAUCACAUGGAAAAAGGGUGAUGAGAAGGUUCCUCUCGAUGGGCAGAAGUUUGUUCUGAGCUCCAAUGGUCUGGAGCUGUCAAUCACAGAGCUGGACAAGUCUGAUGCAGGAGAGUACACGUGUCAUGCUGCGAACAGCUAUGGAGAGCACAACACAACAUUGUUCCUACAAGUCAUAGAUGUACCGCAGGGUGUAGGAGCCGGGGUGGUCGCUGGAAUUAUUCUCCUGGUCUUAUUGGUGACUCUUCUGGCUGUGGAUCUGACUUGCUAUAGAACCAGGCGCCGAGGUUUCCUCAUGUACGUCGCCAGGCAUGUACUGGGGCAAUCGGCCCCACGAGUCAAGCUGGAGGACACUGACUUAAAGAAGGAGACCGCGGCCAAGAGUCAUGUGGUGAACAUCUCUGGCAUUGACGCCUGACGCACAACCUCUGCCUAUGGAUGGUGCAGAUGAGAAUGAACCAGAACAACCUAUUGAACACAGAUGAUACAUCAACCUCAGUGCCCUAGACAAGACUCAAGACACAACUUAAAGGGGAAAUACAUCAUUAUGCCCUUGGUGAGGACGUGAAAAUUGUAACCCUUGCCGAUUCCAAAAUCGAAGGGGCCACAAAGCUCUACAGAGCACCUGAACUUGCACUACCACCAUUGAUUUCAAAUCGGCAAGGGUCUGAGUUCACCUUCCCUGAUGACAUGUCAGGAUGUGUGUUUGAUGGAUUUCCCCUUUAAAUUUGUCUCCCAAACUUUGCUAUUUAAUGAAUGGUUCCCCUUGUAAAUAUAACAUGUCUCCUGGCGAAUAUGGCAGGUAGCCUAAUUGUACAGCGCUGCGGAGUAUGUUGGCGCUAUAUAAUAAUUAAAGAUUAUUAUUAAUAUUAGGCAUUCACCAUAUGUCAUAACUAAUUAUAAUAUGAAUUACAAUUUAAUUAAUUAUGAAAUAUUUUGAUUCUUUGUACAUCCCCUAAUUGUUUGUACCCCUAAU